AUGGAGGAACCCCAAUCUGAACUGAAAUGGUCUGCGCCAUUCGCAGUACUACCACCUUUAAAAUCCGCCUCUCGAGACUUGCGCGGCGACAAGAUUCUCCUCCCCCAGUCCGCUCUAGAGCAGCUGCUUGCAGCAUCUCCCCGACCGCCUGCGCCCCCAAACUCGACCUUCACCUCCUACGACCCCUUCAAUCCAUACGCACGCCAACAACAAACCCAAUAUCAAUAUAUGGACACCUCCCAGCAGCUGCCUAACCCCUUGAUGUUUCUCUUGGUCAACCAGAAGAACGGAAAUGUCGUCUACGCCGGCAUUCGCGAGUUCUCUGCCGAGGAAGGCGAAAUUGCCUUGGGUCCAUACCUCUUGGAAGCUCUGGGCAUUUUGUCGACUGACUUUGACAGCGAGGGUUCCAACAACGAAUCGAUCGACCUGACGGACGGCAUGAUUCAAGAUACCCAGCCGAUGGUGACAGUGCACGCGAGGCAACUGCCCAAGGGUACCUAUGUCCGCCUUAGACCACUCGAAGCCGGUUAUGACCCCGACGACUGGAAGUCCCUGCUCGAACGCCAACUGCGUGAAAGCUACACCACCCUCACAAAGGAUACUGUGCUCUCCGUCCGCGGCGUCAAAGGCGAAGAGUUCAAGUUUUUGGUCGAUAAAUUCAUGCCCGACGGCGACGGCAUCUGUGUCGUAGACACGGACUUGGAAGUUGAUAUUGAAGCUCUUAACGAAGAGCAGGCCCGCGAGACUAUGCGCCAGAUUAUGGCCAAGGCCCAGCCUGGUACCACGAAUGGAAGCUCGAAAGGAGGCGAGCUUGACGUGUGGAAGGCCGUUGAAGGCCAGGUCCUUCCUGGGGAAUAUGUCGACUACGAACUGCCCUCCUGGGAUCGAACCCGACCUCUGACUAUCGAAGUGUCUGAGCUACCAGUCCCAGAUGCAGUAGACCUGUUUAUCAGUCCCAAAUCCACUCGACAGCGAGCCCAACCCCGCGACUCAGAAUACGUCUUCGGCAACUUCUCCCCUUCUGAAGACGGGAAAAAAUCUAUUACUCUUCAGCCUACCAAUGUCGAGCUCGAAAAUGCGGAGCAGCUUCUUAUUGCGGUUCAUGGCUACCCCUUGACAGGAAGUUCUGAUGAGUCGGUACCAGUCCGUUUUCGCCUCAGGGCGAGAGCAGCGGUGGAAGGAGAAUCACAAGAUGUAACGGUUGACCUGACAAACGAUAAUCUAAGGUCACCAGACGAGGAACAGUGCAAGAACUGCCUUCAGUGGGUUCCCAAGCGAACCAUGAUACUGCACCAGAACUUCUGCCUUCGAAACAACAUCGCUUGUCCAAAGUGUAAGCAUGUCUUCAAGAAAGGAUCCCCGGAGUGGGAAGCACAUUGGCAUUGCGAACACGACGAUGCUUUCGGCGACUCGAUGGCAAGCAAAGCCAAGCAUGACAAUAUACGACACACUGAACGCAAGUGUCCGGCUUGUGAUUUUAAGGCGUCAUCUUUGGUAGAGCUGGCACUGCACCGUACGAACAUGUGCCCGGGAAAGUUGAUCCUCUGCCAGUUUUGUCAUCUUGAGGUGCCGCAGGAGGGCGACCCAUUAAAUCCGUCUGCAGAGACGAUUCUGUCUGGUCUCACAGCGCAUGAGCUGGCAGAUGGCGCCCGAACAACGGAAUGCCAUCUGUGUUCAAAGAUCGUCCGCAUGCGAGACAUGGCAGCGCACAUGAAGCACCAUGAACUGGACAAGGUUUCCCGACCCAAGCCGGAUAUCUGCCGCAAUGCGAACUGCGGCCGGACUCUUCAUGGCGUUGGAUCCACUGGCGCAGUUGGAGCAGGCACGGCGAUGGGACAAGGACCUGGCAAUGAGCUAGGUCUUUGCUCAUUGUGCUUCGGGCCCCUUUAUGUUAGCAUGCACGACCCAGAAGGCAAAGCUCUCCGACGUCGUAUCGAGAGAAGGUACCUCGGCCAGUUGAUGACAGGCUGUGGGAAGAAGUGGUGCGGAAACGAGUGGUGCCGCUCUGGCAGAGCCAACCUCAGACUCGAGUCCAAGGGAACCAGUGCUCAGGCCGCCCUGCCGCUCGUUAAGCCGCUGGUGCAAAGCAUAUCACAAGUAGAGGAAUCAAUGUACUUUUGUGUUGAUGAAGCUUCACAGCGGCGGCGAAAGCUGGCAGAAAUGUUGGCUGGCGAAGGUGUUUGGGAUUUUCAGUGGUGCAUUGCUGCGUGUGAAGCAGCCUCGGGAGACUUGGACAAAGCACGGGAAUGGUUGACAAAUUGGGCGCCAACAAGACAACGGACAUGA